AUGUGGCAACAGGCAUACAAUGAAGAUCCCCAACUCCGUCAUCGCACACGGGCAUUUAAACAAUACAGAACAAUCGAUUGGCCAAGAGAGAAAAUCAUCGAAAAUAGCCAAUAUUUGAAUGCCUUGAAAUCAGAUAACAGACCAUCAACUUCUGAUACCCUGUCAAGCGCAAUGUCAUUUCUUAAUGAAAUCUCUACAAUGAAACUAAUAAAAUCCAGAAUAUGGACUGGCGUACAAGUGUGGUUUAUUAUCACAAUUGUAGGAAUAGUCAUUGGAUCCAUUGCGGCGUGGUUAAGUUUACUCACUGAAUACCUGAACGAGCUGAAACUAAAUUGGUCAUCCUUUGCCAUUGUAAACUUUAUAAUAUACAUGGCAUUUUCUGUUUUGUUUGGUGUCUUUGCAAGUUACUCUUGUCUGAAAUUUGCUCCUAAUGCAUGUGGUUCAGGUAUAUCCGAGGUUAAAACCAUUGUAUCUGGCUUUAAUCGUCCCUCAUUCUUGAACUUUCCAACUUUAAUAUUGAAGGCUUCCAUGUUACCAUUCACUAUAGCGAGCGGGUUAUCCGUUGGUAAAGAAGGACCUAGUGUGCAUUACGCGUCAUGUGUGGGGAAUGUUCUGAGUCGAUCGAUUAUUCCAUGGUUUAACGAUUCAUCGAUUCAACUAUCUGACAUUGUAACCGCAAGUGCAGGAUCAGGGGUAGCAGUUGCGUUUGGUAGUCCUAUUGGUGGCGUGUUGUUUGCUUUAGAGGAAAUUUCGAGUGGCUUGAAAUUGGCAACAGUUUGGAAGACCUUUUAUAUGUCUUUGAUUGCUAUUGGCACGUUGCAAUUAUGGGAUCCUUUUGGUACUGGACAGAUAGUAAUGUUUUCAGUUCGGUAUGAAAUUGACUGGAAAUGGGGAGAGGUGUUCUGGUUUAUUUUACUAGGUGUUUUUGGCGGGGUCUACGGUCGAAUCAUAAGCUAUUGGAAUAUCAAGUAUGUUAAAUUCAGACAAUCCUCAAUUAAAAAUGGUGUUUUAGAGAUUGCUCUAUUGACUUUAGUGACGUCUGUUUUGAGUUAUUGGAAUAUUUUUAUGAGAUUUGAAAUGACCAAUGUGAUGGAGAUGUUGUUUGAUCCAUGCAUUGACACUGAGAAGAAGCAGUAUUGUCUAACGAAUGAUGCGUCGCUAUUCAAAUGGGUUUAUUUGAUUACGCUAUUACUAUACGCCUUAAUUGUUAGAAUGGUGUUAGUCAUUGUAAGUUAUGGUGCAAAGGUGCCAUGUGGUAUUUUUGUUCCAAGCAUGACAAUAGGCGCCACAUUUGGCAAGAUUUUAGGGCUGUUGGUUGGUGAAGUUGUUGACCAUCAAGUUAAUUCCGGGAUAUAUGCGUUUCUAGGUGCCGGUGCAGCAUUGAGUGGUAUCACUGGUUUGACUGUGUCGGUGGUUGUUAUCAUGUACGAAUUAACAGGCGCAAUCAAGUAUAUAGUGCCUUCAAUGAUUGUGAUAGUAACAGUCCGUGUUGUCAGUGUACUAUGCGGUAACAGUGAAGGCAUAGCCGACCAGAUGAUUAAAUUCAACGGGAUACCGUAUAUUGACUUGAAGGAGGAACACAAUAUGGACGGUGUUAUUGGUGAUGUGAUGGUCAGGCAAGUUUACUGUAUCGAUGUGGACAUUGAAGAGCUAGACUAUGAAAGAAUCCUGGAAUUUGGCAAGAAGGAAUAUCCUGUGAUCAAAAAUGGGGCCCUAGUUGGCGUUGUUGAUCGUGAAUCAAUCAAGGAGCUACGGUGUGAUUACGUGUCUGUUGAAAUUGAUGCUGAUACAAGUACAGUUUUCGAUAUUUUCACACAAUUGGGUCCAAGGAAUGUAUACGUUACAAAGAAUGGCCAAUUGGUAGGACUACUGAGUCGUAAAGAUAUGAUCAGGUACGAAAUAUAUUCCAAGUUUGAACCUCAAGACAAUGACAAUUUAGAAUGGCUGGCUUCACUUUACACUUCUAUAAGGGAACAUCUGAAUCCAUUUUAG